AUAGUUUGGGUGGAGCCUGAGUUUCUGUAUAAGGGGCCCCGGGUCUUGUAGGUUCGAGGUAUUUGCCAAGUUUACUGUCAGGAUGGGUUUGCAGCUGCUGGGUGGGCUGCUGUUGCUCCUUGCGGUGGAUGUGGAAGGGAAGACGGUCAGGGCGAAAUGCCCUCCCUGUGCGCUGUCCGAGUGCCCGGCUCUGCCCCCCGGAGGCUGCCCUUUCGGGGAGCUGACCGAUCCGUGCCGCUGCUGCACCGUGUGCGCCGCCGGCCAGGGAGCGCCUUGCGGCGGCCUCGUGUCCAAGUACGGCCGCUGUGCCCAGGGCUUCGAGUGUGUCCGCUCCAGGAGCAAGCGGAGGAGCCCCGGGCGCUGCAUCUGUAAGUUCCCCCAGCAGGUUUGUGGCAGCGACGGCAUCACCUACAGGGAUGGCUGUGAACUGAGAGCCGCAGCGAAGCGGGCGGAGAGGCAGGGAGAGACCCCCAUCACCAGGACUGGGAAAGGAGCCUGUGAGAAAGCUCCAGUCAUUGUGACACAGCCUAAGGAGAUCUGGAAUGUCAGUGGAUCCCAAGUUUACCUUGCCUGUGAAAUUAUUGGAGUGCCUACUCCUGUACUCACCUGGAACAAGGUAAUGAAAACAGCGACUGGUGUGGAAAAGAUGGAGUUGCUGCCAGGUGACCGUGACAACCUUGCCAUCCAAACUCGUGGUGGACCAGAGAAGCACGAGGUGACAGGAUGGGUGCUGAUCUCUCCUCUCACCGAAGAAGAUGCUGGAGAAUAUGAGUGCCAUGCAUCAAACACCAAGGGAGAGGCUGCAGCUGCCGGAAGCAUACAUGUGGUUGAUGAGCUAAAAAUGAAAGGGAAGGUAUGAACAAAAAAUCAAUGGAAAGAACCAAUGGCCAACUACUAGCUCAUCAUGGAGCUCAUCUACUGACAGGGAACUCUGGGGAUCUAUGUAGUGAUUUUUUUCAGUGCAUAACAAACUGAGCUUUCUAGGGAUCUUUUCCCCAGCAUAUAGUUACUUCUAGUUAUGAUUGUUGAUGCACCUUUCAUUUUACUCCUGCUUGUAAUUAGAUUUUUGUAAGUAAAAUUUAAGGGCAAAGGAGCAUAAACCAUUCUCUCCAUUAUCAAGAUAUAAGCUGUAUAUAAAAAGUUAUGAAAUAAAAUUUAUACAAUGCUUAAAA